GCCACCGACUCCCCUCCGAGCGAGCAUGGCCUUCGAGGGCAUGCGGUCCGGGCCCAGCGCUUUUUGUUCUCGGAGGAGCCGGGCCUGGGAGCUGAGGGGGCCGUGCUGGAGGUCCGCGUCCCGCAGGUCCUGCAUCUUCAAUAUGGAAUGUAUGUUUGGCCCUGUGCUGUGGUCCUGGCCCAGUACCUGUGGUUUCACAGAGGAUCUCUGCCGGGCAAGGCUGUCUUAGAGAUUGGAGCUGGAGUGAGCCUUCCUGGAAUUAUGGCUGCAAAAUGUGGUGCUGAAGUAAUACUAUCAGACUGUUCCGAGCUGCCUCACUGUUUAGAGAUCUGCCAGCAAAGCUGCCAAAUGAAUAACCUGCCCCAGGUGCGUGUAGUAGGACUCACAUGGGGUCACGUAUCUCGGGAGCUUCUGGCUCUGCCACCACAAGAUAUUGUUCUUGCAUCUGAUGUAUUCUUUGAACCAGAAGACUUCGAAGACAUUUUAACUACCGUUUACUUUUUGAUGCAGAAGAACCCCAAGGUCCAAUUGUGGUCUACUUACCAGGUAAGAAGUGCUGACUGGUCACUUGAAGCUUUGCUCUACAAGUGGGACAUGAAAUGUGUCCACGUUCCUCUGGAGUCUUUUGGUGCAGACAAAGAAGAUAUAGCAGAAUCUGCCCUUCCAGGAAGACAUACUGUUGAAAUGCUGGUCAUCUCCUUAGCAAAGGACAGUCUCUAAAUUAUACCUAUAAGCUGUUUCGGGACAAUGUCAAUACUGAUUAACAACCUGGCAAGCCCACUAUGUGACUCAGACCACUUCAGCUUCUUGAAUACAGUGGACUUGAUGGUCAGAUCUGCUGGCUUUAGAUUGUGAUGGGUCACAUAACCAUUAAAACAGUACAAAAAAGGAC